CAGCAGCUUUGGAGACAUCCCAAACGCUCACCCGCCGCCCACGCCCAAGCAGACGCCCACGUCGGGGGCCUUUCCGAGCCCCGUCUUCGAGACCCCGAAGCCGCCCCAGGGCUCCUUUGCCGACGCCAGCGGCCUGACGCCUCGCUUCGCCGAAGAGUACUCCGUCUUCAACGCCACGCCCGGCAACCUGCGAGGGGCCCAGUUCCCCUUCGCCGACCUCGUGCCCGCCACGCCCUUUGCGCCCUCGUACCUGGGCCACAAGCGCCUGCUGUCCGUCGAAGAGCUGGCCGUCGAGAUUGCCACCCGAGCCAACAUCCCGCCCUCGAACCCAAACCUCCCGCCGCCGCCCGUCGACCCGUCACGCCGCCUGCCCUCGUCGCCCGCCGCCCUGAUACUGUCGACAAAGGCCGCCGCGGCCAACUCGGACGCACACCUCGGCCCGGCCUUUUCCUCGUCGCGCUCCAAGUCGCCCAAGAAGCUCCGCCGCGGCACGAUUGAAGGCUCCGACGCCGCCCAGCCUCUGUCGCCGCCCCCGUCGGCUCACAAGGGCGGCCACAAGCUCGCCCCCAAGCUCAACAUGCAGGAUGACCGCGGCUACGGCCACCCGGACUUUGGCGACGGCUUCCAGGGCCACCACGACAUGGCUGCCAUGAUGGGCGGCGCCGACGACAUGUUUGUCUAUCCAUUGUCUGCCCCCCCGAGCACAGCCAACUUCUGGGACCCGGCUAUGGGCAUGGACCUGGAUUUCAGCACCGCCGGCGCCGCCUUUUUCCAGCCCUCACAUCGCCAUACCGGAUCCUUCGACUGGAACAGCGACAUUCAGCUCUUUCAAGAUAAUCCCGUCCCGCCUCCGCCCCCGCCGUCGUCGAACCAAGAGAAUGUCCAGCCCAACGCGCCCAACAUGCAGCAGCAGCAGCACCAGCCUCUUCGAAGGGAGAGGAUGCUGGCGCCCAAGCCGCCUGUCACAGGACAGUCCGCCGCGGCUUCCGUGACGGCAUCUGCCAUGUUCCAAGCGCCGAUGGACGACUCGUAUGGCAUGGCCACGCCGAUGGAAGGCGUAGACCCGGGGUUGAUAUACAGCCGACCGCCGACGUCCUCCAUGAACGCCGACUUCAAUCCGGCCAUGAACGCAACGUCCGCCAACAUGGUUGCCGCGGCGGAAGGCAACAGCUCUCGCGUCAUGGCACAGCCUCGCCGGACGAACAGCCUCAAGGAGCCAAAGAGAGGCAAGAUGCCGGACCGUACCUUUACGAGCUCUCCCGUCAAGGCCAUGGGUCGUCCGGAGCUGAACCGCAGCGCUGGGAUGAAUACUGCCAACGCAAACGCGGAUGCCGGAAAGCCGGUGGCACGAUCGUCGGGCUCGGGGAGAAUAUCACCCCUCAAGAGCCAGCGACGACUGUCUAGCCUGGCGUCCAUUCCCGAGUCUGCCUCCCAGCCACAGCUGCAUCGGCCCCGGACGUCG